AUGGCUUGUCUUGGAGUCCAGAGGAGCAAGGUCCAACUGCAGCUGGCUUCUAGGACUUGGCCCUUUGUAGUCCUGCUUGCUUUUCUCUUCAUCCCAACCUUGUCUAAAGCCAUACAAGUGAGCCAACCUUCAGUGGUGCUGGCCAGCAGCCAUGGUGUCGCCAGCUUCCCGUGUGAAUACACAUCAUCACACAACACCGAUGAGGUCCGGGGUGGACCAGUGCUGCGGCACACAAAUGGCCAGAUGACUGAAGUCUGCGCCACGACAUUCACAGUGAAGAACACGUUGGGCUUCCUGGAUGACCCCUUCUGUAGUGGUACCUUCAACGAAAGCAAAGCGGACCUCAUCCAAGGACUGAGAGCUGCUGACACUGGACUGUACUUCUGCAAGGUGGAGCUCAUGUACCCACCACCAUACUUUGUGGGCAUGGGCAACCGGGACCCAGAUUAUUCAUUGCUAAGGAAAAGAAGUCCACUUACAAACAGGGGUCUAUGUGAAAAUGCCCCCAACAGAGCCAGAAUGUGA